AAAGUCUCUCGGCAGUCCCACACACCCUUCACUCUCUUUAACCCUCCGAUCCCAUGUCAGUAGCAGGCGACGAACACUCUCCAAUCCGCGGUUUCCUCGCCGGGACAAUCUCCGGCGUAACCAAACUCGUCGUAGGCCACCCCUUCGACACAAUCAAAGUCCGUCUCCAAACAAACCCCGCUUUCACCGGUCCCUAUGACUGUCUCCGACAAACGCUCGUCAAAGAAGGAAUUCGCGGGGUGUACAAGGGCGCUACACCACCGCUUGUUGGAUGGGCGAUGAUGGAUAGUGUUAUGUUGGGGUCUUUACAUAAUUACCGGGAACUGCUGAGGAAGUAUGUCUAUAAUGGCGGCGAGCUGCCGACGGUUGGGCAUGCUAUUGCGGGAACUGGAGCUGGUGUCACGGUUUCGAUGAUUGCGGCGCCGAUCGAGCAUGUGAAGGCUCGGUUGCAGGUUCAGUAUGACGCAAAGUCGAGGGUUUAUACGGGUCCCAUCGACUGCGCAAUGAAGCUGUACAAGGGACAUGGUGUCGCAGGUGUAUGGAAGGGGUUAUACGCAACCAUGAUCUUCCGCUCCUUCUUUGCUGUGUGGUGGGGAACAUACGAUCUCUACUCCCGCUGGUUCCGGGAACACACCUCCAUGACUCCCGGCGCGAUCAACUUCUGGGCGGGUGGGUUGAGUGCACAGACAUAUUGGUUCUUUGCGUUCCCGUCGGAUGUGGUGAAACAGCGGAUUAUGACGGAUUCGCUGACGAAUCCGAGGUUUGUGACGUGGAGGAGUUGUGCGAAGGAGAUUUUGGAGCAGAAUGGGUGGAGGGGGUUUUACAGGGGGUUCUUGCCGAGUUUCUUGAGGGCGUUCCCGACGAAUGCGGCGGCGUUGUUUAUGUUUGAGACGACGAUGAGAGGGUUGAAGGGUGUGGGCAUCUGACGGAGUUCAGCAAAAAAGUUUACGGUAUAGGACAUGGGCUUUGGGAGUAUGUGCAGACGAGGACUGUCCGACGAGCACAUGAGACAUACUGGCGAUUUGUAACAUUUACAGGAACACAACCCGUGGGACAUGGGUACCAAAAGGCGGUGCUCUCGCCGACCGCAGCACCUGAUGGACAGUCAAGAGCAGAGUUUGCAUAGAGACAUAUUUGGUGCAGAGCAGGGCAUUCCGAGGCUGCAUAUUUGUGUUGGUGGACACAGUAGACGAUACUAGUACUGCUUGAUUUUGUAGCCAAUCGAAGACACAUGGCCUAGC